AUGCCUGAUUUUGCUCAAGUCUACAGCUUCAUUGGCAGUGUAUUUGAUCCAAAUUCAACUAAUCACCUACAGAAACUAAGGCAGAUGGACCCAAUAAAUGUGGAAACGGUAUUGUUGUUGAUGAGAAAUCUCUCAGUCAAUUUAAUGAGUCCUGAGUUUGAGGGUCAUAAGAGGCUGCUUUCAUCAUAUGACACCAACUCUGAUAAGUCGAAGUUUGUUAAUAUUUGCAGCGAAUCCCUCACCAAUAAAUCUGAGAGUGCUAUUCUGUAUGGUCUGGUGUUUUGUGUAUAUCUUUUGAAGAUGGCUGUCCUUGGAAUGCAGGACAAUGAAGUCCUGUUAGGUCACUUCUGGAGGCUUUACUGUACAGUCUGGACUUAG